AUGGUUACUGAAGCAGAGGUGGACACAGACAGGAACAAUGAGAAGAUCCAAGAUGACAAUCGUUCCCAGAAACUCACCAAAGAGGACCUGGCAGAGAUGGCCAAGCAGGGGGCGAAAGGCGAGGAGAUUAUCGAGAAGCUGGCACAGAACAAUGCUAACUUUAAGGAGAAGACAAGUUUCUCUCAGGCCAAGUAUCUCAGGAAGAAAGGCAAAAAGUAUCUGAAUUAUAUAAUAAUCCAUCGACCCACCCUUCGUCUGCUGUGCAACAUGUACAUGGCGAAGUCACCUUCCAAGAUAUGCCACCUUCGCGUGGACACGUUGAGCCAGAUGCUGACUGUGGGGAACGUCCACGCACAUUCCAGGGUCGUGGUGGUGGACAGCUGCCAGGGGCUGGUUCUGGGGGCGGUCAUGGAGAGGAUGGCAGGACUUGGUACUUUGGUGCAGGUGUACCAUGGAGACUUCCCAUUCAGACAUGCCUACGACGCCUUCAACUUCCCCGCUUCAUUUGACGAGAUGCUGCUGCCAUUUCCCAUGAGUCAGCUGGGCUGUCUGCACGGUCCACAGUCAGCACAGGAGGGUCAGGGGUCAGGUGUCAGAGUACAGGAGGGGCUACGGCCUGGGGGUCAGGAGUCAAAUGGAGAAGACUCCACAGGACAGGAAGCUAGGAAAGAACCAGGUGUGGAGGGACAGAAGGCAGAUUCCAUAUCAGCACCAAGGACAGACCAACUGUUAGCACAAGGAGGCAGUGAGGCAGAUGGGACGUGCACAGCUGACAAAGCCAGUAGUCCUGAUACGGAAGCCAACGUGAAGGCAGAAACACUCACAGACACUGCUGAUGCUACUGGCUCCACUAGAAAAAGGCUUCCAUGGAAAGAAUAUAAAAAGGAUCCUGCCCGACUGGAGAGACAGAGGGAGAGAAAGGAGAGGAUCGAGCAGGCGAGAGAAGUUCUACAGCAGGGCAACAUGGAUGGGUUGCUGAUAGCGUGUAAGUUCCACCCCAGCCGGCUGUUGGAAGCCCUGCUGCCCUGCCUGGCCCCGUCCCGUACCUUCGCUGUGUACUGCCAGCACCGCGAACCUCUGGUGGACUGUUACACUCGGCUCAGGACCAGCGGGGGAGUCCUCAACCUCCAGCUCACAGAGACCUGGCUUAGGAACUUCCAGAUCCUCCCCGGCAGGACCCGGCCCGACAUGCAGAUGAGCGGCACAGGCGGAUAUCUGCUCUCAGGCAUCACUGUUGCCACGGAAACAGACUCGGCCUCCAGCACCACAGAACCUCCCGUCACCGUGGCGACAGACUCGGCCUCCAGCACCACAGAACCUCCCGUCACCGUGGCGACAGACCCCGCCCACAGCACCACAGAACCUCCCGUUACCAUGGCAACAGAACCUCCCGUAAAGAAAAUCAAACUAGAAGCAGACUGAUGUGUUUACAGAC